AUGGAUCGAUCAGCUGAGGGAGAGGGAGAGGGACCGGUGACAGUGGUGGUCGCGGACUCGGGAGAGGACAAGCAGCCGAUCCGGAGGAUGGUUCGGCGGAGACUGGUGCAGUCUACGCUGUUCCCUAAAAAGUCCCCCGAAGGCGUUAAAUCUGGCGGGGAAAGUAAGAAACUAGAGGAUGAAGAGUGUAACGGCGACCUGAAGGGUGUGGAAGGUAGAGACGAAGAGGACAACUGCAGAAGCAGUCAAGGAAGCAAGAGGAGAGUAGCGCGCAAGGCAAAGGCGUCGAAUUCUCAUAGUAGAACUCCUAAGAAGUCAAAGGGGAGGUCAUCAGCUGAUUCGACACCAAAAAAGGAGACCAUCAAUGGUAUUGAUCUGACGGAGGAUAUCGAUGUAACUCCUCCAUCUAUGCCAAACGUUCGAUUGGAGGCUAAAAUGGCUGAUGAGGAGUACUCCCAGAAGUAUUCUGGGAAGCAAUUGCACCCAUUUUUCUCAUUAUGGAAAGGGAGUAAGAGACAUCAUGUGGUAGGCGAUGUCCUGAGAGGAUCUGACCAAGCUAUAGCGCCACCUAUUCAUGUAUUUGAGAGGGAUGAGGAUGCCGUUGCUUCUCUAGAUUGGACGAACUGGGAACUUCAUGAGAAAUCCUUUGUAGAUAGUGCAUGUACUGUAGAAGAUUUCUACACAUUACGUUUUGAAGCCUCAACGGACAAUUUACUGUUCAGUAGGUUUCCUUUUGUACCUCAUAUGGAUGAUCUCUCUUGUUGGUCAGUUGCUGAUAAUAAUGUUUCUCUAGAUCAACAUCUUCCUCAGGGAGAAGUUUUAAAUGAAGAGUUGCCAAUCGUAUCCACUGUUCCAUCAGAUGUGAACGACACCUGCUGCCAACUCAUAACUGACAUGGAAACAGACUACAAGCCUGAUGAAUCUGCUUUUGGUGCACAAGUAACUGGUGAAAGUGUUGAGGAACCAAGUGUUUUGCAGCACGAGAGAGUGACACCACAUUGUCUUGAUGAUGAAAGCCAGGUUGAUAAUAGAUUAUGGACUGACAAAUACCAGCCAAAGAUGGUCAGAGAGGUUUUUAGUAACAUUGAAGCGGUGAAUUUUGUAAAUGAGUGGCUUCACAGCUGGCAUCAAAAGGGCGAUGGUGCCAGCAAAUUUUGUGCUUCUGAGAUUGAUUUAGAUGAGCAAGAUACUGACUACUUGUGCUCCCAAAGUGACUCAGAGGACAUGGAAGAAAUGGGUAGCCGUAAGCCAGUUCUAUUGAUAACUGGACCAGCAGGGAGUGGGAAAUCAGCGGCAAUUUAUGCUUGUGCUAAGGAACAGGGUUACAAAAUCUUGGAGGUCAGUACAUCAGAAUGUCGAAAUGGUGUUGUUGUGAAGCAUAGGUUUGGUGAGGCAUUGGAGUCACAAUUCUUUAAAAGGUCAUUAGAGAGUCCUGUGAAGCCACCACGACACUUAAUGAAAUCCUCCUUUACCCAUCCAGAUAAUGAACUGAUGCAAGAGCACGAGAACAAAGUCUUUGACUUGGAAUCUAAAGCAGGCGAGCAGAACAUUUAUGAACUCACUGAAACCUGUGGAAAGUCUGACAAUACAACUAAAACAUUGAUUCUCUUUGAGGAUGUCGAUGUUGUCUUCCCCGAAGAUGCUGGUUUCAUUUCUGCUAUCCAACACAUUGCUCACAAUGCGAAAGGCCCUGUUAUAUUGACCAGUAACAGUGACAAUCCUGCCCUUCCUGAAAAAUUGGAUAGGCUUUAUGUGAAUUUUAAGAUGCCUACCGGCAAGGAUCUCCUUCAGCAUGUCUAUAAGGUUUGUUCUUCAGAAACAGCUGAUCCCAGACGUGAUGUCAUUGAGCAAAUAGUUGAAUGUUGUCAUGGAGAUAUUAGGAAGGCAAUUAUGCAUGCCCAGUUUUGGUGCCAGGGUAAACAAUCCAGGGAAACAGGCACUCCAAAAUUAUUGGGACCGUUGAUCUUUUCUCCUGACGCUGCUCAUCAAUUACUGCCAAAGAUGAUUCCCUGGGAUUGUCCUUCUCAGUUUUCGGAGUUGAUUGAGAAAGAGAUCACAAAGUCGCUAUUACAGUCAGAAGAGAAGGAUCUUGCUGUGAGGAUCAUAGAAGUAAAGUCGAAAGCAAUGCAUGGCGAUUUGGUGGCAUGUGGAUUUACAAAGGACAGUACAGAGGCCAAGAAGAAAGCAAUGCUGGAUAGGAAUUGCCUUGAAUAUGAUUGCAGUAACUUCACUGGUCUCGGUGCAAUACAUGAUGCUUUCGUUACCUCAACUAGCCCAGUUUCAUUUUCCAGGCGAAACUGUAGAAGAAAGCUUGAUCAUGUAGUAUCUUCAGAUUCCGAAGAUGAUACUGGAAAUAUUUUAAUUCUAGGCGAAAUUCCCAGUGAUGACAUGAGUAGGAAAAACUAUUCUAGCAGACAAGCUGAUGUUAAAUCGAGUUUUACAGCAGAGGAAGUGAAGGACCACUGUUACCAGUAUUCAGAAAAUGCAGUAGAUUUACACUCAAAUCAGAUCUGCCGAUCAAUUGAUAUCUCAUGUGUUCCAGAGUCGUCAUUUGUUCCAGAGACCAACAUUGAUGAUGACACAAGAUUGUCACUUGAUCAAGUGACUUCUACUUUGGAAGAAGUGUCAGUUACCAAUGGGUUUGAUCUCAAUCUAUCGCCAGUGGAAGAAUGUCUGGAUGACUGCAUAUCUGAACCUUGUAGAAUCUCUGAAAUUUUGGGAACCACUUGCAAUCAACUCGUGCCUACCUCAUCAUUUCAAGAGACUGAAGAUUCACAAACUGAUUUUAUGGGAGUCGUUGCCGGGGAUUACCAAUUGAUGGACGAGUGUAGCCGAAUUGAUUUCAAUAAGAAAUGCUCGGCAGCAGCAGCAGAACUUGGAAGCUUGGAUGAGGCUGACAUGGUUCGAGAGACCUGGAGAAAACUUCGUCACCCUCAUUCAGAUCUAAGAAAUUUGGUUGCAUCGGAAGAUAAAAAUGCACCAGGCAUCGUCAGGAUUGCUUGUGGAAUGAGCAAUCUUGUUUCAGAAGCCGAGAUAUUGCUGUCAAAUUGCUAUUUGCCUGGUUCAUCGGAGCUCUAUAUUGCUCUUUCUGAGGCAUCAGAUCCGUUCAGGUGGCAUGUUGAGCAGCGAGAGAUGACGUCUAACAUUGUGCAGCAUGGUUUUGACUGCUAUGUUGAUGACAUUAACGGUUUGAGGUUAAAAAUGGGUCAACACAAAAUAAAUUUGACUUUGGAAAUGUUGUCUAUCGGCAGCAUGGUGGAAGCUGAUUCCUCCAUGAUGGGACAAGUUCCAAGCGCGAGAAUGACAUCACAUAGUGAGCCCGAUAUAACGGAUAGCCUGUCUGAAGGAGGAUUGGCAAAGAGUGGGGAGAACCACUCUCUUAUGUUCGACAUAGUUCGUUCCAUUGUCCCCUCAAAAUCACAUUCUACAAUCAAAGGUGAAUCAUUUCAGGAUUAUCUUUCCACACUGAGCCACAUAUCAAGAUCAGAAGCUUCUCGUUUAUCGGAACAAGGCAAUUGUUUAACAAGAAGACGGAGGACGCGGGCAUCUCAACAUUACUUGACUGGCGGCUCAUUAUCCCUAUCUCCUGAUCAGAUCUCGUUGUUGGAUAAGUGCAACGCCUACAGACAUGCUACCGGAGAGAACCGCACUGAUACUAGAUAUAAAAAAAAGUUUUUUUGA